AUGAGUGUUACUGAGGACACAGGAAAUAAUUGGACCAUUUACAACCAAUUCCGUUUAAUGAUGGAUUCAGGCUUACAAGUUUCUCAACAAAGUUCUUCACCAACGACUGGUGGAAAUGUUAUUGUACUUAAUAAUAAUGAUAUGAUGCAACAACGAACAAGUAUGGGUGGCCAACAAAUUAUUCUUAAAACAAGUUCAUCACCAACAUCAAAUUCAACACAAGGUCAAAUUCUUCAAACAGCUGAUGGACAAUUAAUUAUAUUACAAAGUGCUGAACAACAACAAAAUCAAUCGACACAAUAUGUACAAGUUGGUGGACAAAUUUUACAAUUAAGUAAUGUACAAACAGCUCAACAACCACAAACUAUAACAAUUCCAGCUGGUGCACUACAACUUGGUGGUAACGGACAACAAAUUGUACAAUUAUCAACACCAACAAAAAUGCAAACAUCACAAAAUGGUCAAGUUAUAAUGAUGGUACCGGGUAAUUCAGGUCAAUUACAAACUGUUCAAAUGCAAACAGCUGGUACAGCAACAUCAACACCUAACCAAAAUGCUGUUGCACCUGAAUCCACAGAAGAAGAACCAUUAUAUGUUAAUGCUAAACAAUAUAAUCGUAUACUAAAACGACGUGCCGCACGAGCAAAACUUGAAGCAGAAGGAAGAAUUCCACGAGAACGUAAACGUAAAUUUCUUCAUGAAUCUCGUCAUCGACAUGCAAUGAAUCGUGUUCGUGGUGCUGGUGGUCGUUUUGCUCCUGGAUCGAAACAAAAAGCAUAA